AUGUCCCGGAAGAAGAUUGGCCCGUAUGAGGUCACCGGCGUCCUGGGGAGGGGAACGUAUGCGACCGUAAAGUUGGCGACAGACUCACGUACGAAGGAGGAGGUUGCCAUAAAGAUAAUAACAAAGUCUGGCCAACUUACUAAGAAGCAGCUCAAGCACAUACGAACAGAGAUCGUCGUCCUUCGUCUGGUCUCGCAUCCCAACAUAGUCAAGCUGAAAGAGAUCUUAGCCAGCAAGAACAAGAUCUAUAUAGUCAUGGAGUACCUGGAGGGCGGAGACAUCCUGACUGCUCUCAGAGAGAACGAUUUCACCAUAGAGCAGGUUCGCCGCUACUUCAUUCAGAUCUGCUCCGCUCUGGAGUACUGCCAGAAGCUCCACAUAUCCCACAGAGACAUCAAGGCGGAGAAUCUCCUGCUGAGAAAGGGCCGCCAAUCGGUCGUCAUCACAGACUUUGGGCUUUCUGCCCUCACUGAAGAUGCUGAGGACGACGACGGGCAAGGAGGGGGCGAGCAGAAGGCCCCCGGUACAAGGGGCAGCAAGCUUCUGACAACCGCCUGUGGGUCUCCUCACUAUGUUUCUCCAGAGGUGGUGUCGAAGACGAAUGUGGGCUACUUCGGAGAAAAGGCAGACAUUUGGUCUGUCGGCGUUCUUCUCUACCUCAUGCUCGGCCGCACGCUUCCGUUCCAGGCCAAUACACUAGAGGCUCUUUUCGAGCGCAUCCGUACCGGACAAUUCUCGUUCCCCGAGGACCGCGUGAAGAAGGGCUACUUCACCAAGGAGUCAAUGGGGCUGAUCAUAUCCAUGCUCAACAUAGAUCCUGCAAAGCGCCCUUCGUUCACUCAAAUUUUGGAAAGCGACUAUGUGAUGCAGGACAAGGAGUACCUUGAUUCGUACCGCGAAGAGUGCAAGCAGAUUUACGGCGAGAAGCAAGACGAGAUCUUUAAGAAGGCUCAGCGCAUCAUGAGCGGGGAGGAAAAGAUAGAGGAAAACAACGAAUUCAACGAGGAGGUCGAGUAA